CCUGCCCCUGGCUCCAGGCUCGCUGGCUGGGAGCAGUGGGAGGGAGCAGGUGGCCAGUUUCUUGUUUGACCCAAACGCUGUUGUCCACUUGGAGUGUGACCGUGAGACGGGGCUGAGGGGUCUCCCCGGGGACAUGAGCCACAGGUUCCCUUGACCCCUUGCCUGUCCCUCAGCUGCCGCGAUGCGCUAUGCGCCGGAACUCAAGAAGUCCCCCGCGCAUCUCCUGAAGAAGUUCGCAGUGUGCGACAUUCCUCUGUACGACGUAUGUGACUACAAUGUCACCAGAAGUCGGUGCAAGGAACUUGGGUGCUGCUUUUAUAAAGGCGUCUGCUAUGAAAAAGCCGUUCCAGCAUAUGUGCAAGUGUUUUCUGCCUUGAUUGUGAUCAUUGCCGGGGCCUUCGUCAUCACCAUCAUUUACAAAGUCGUUCAAGAGAGGAGAGAAAAGGACGUCCCUACGGAAGUGCCUUCGUCACCCCAGGCCAGUGAGCAGGCUGAGGCUCCAACCGCUGAGCCGUCGCACAAGAGGGAAGGGACUGGCGCCGGCGAGGAUGCAACAGUGGAAAUAACAGAAGAGGAAGAAAUUGAGGAUUGAAAGGCAUGAUGAAGAAAAAGUGAAGAUUGGUAGAAAUAUCCAAACGAAACGGUGCAGCCUGUGAACCACUGUUAAGACAUGUGACGGAAUGACUACCCACUGAGAAAAAAUAAAGGUAUUUUGAAUGUU